AUGAUUACGCGUGGAGUGGCUCCACGUCGUGCUCUCCCCGCACAAGCGGCAUUCGCAUGCCUUGCGGCGAGGAAACACCACAUACUGUGUGUGUGUGAUUUGUGUUACAAUCAUCAAAGUCGCGGCAAUCAGAAGGGAACUUGUGCUCCUCUCUACGACCCGCAGAUCGAACUGGCUUAUCCUAAGGCUUCACAGAUGGGAAAAGUAUCGCCUCGCCGACGCCGUAGGGCGCCCACCAAAGGCAUACCGAAAAACGCCGUAAUUGUGCCGAACGUCCCGACGGAAGACUACUGCAGUCAAAUGCCGGGGGUAUAUUACCAUUUCGGCAAGCUCGAGUGGCGCACGACUUGCAGGGAUCCGUUCAAUUGCUCGAAGCGUUCGCAGCGCACCUUUGGUGUACGAAAAUACGGGUUCUACGAGGCAAAAACGAUGGCUGAACUCGCAGCACUCGAGUGGGAGAAACACCGCAAUCUCGUAUUGUACCUUCAAAACGUCUCGACAGGAAACGCUAUUGCGGGGCACGUUAUUGCAACUCCGCCUGCCCCACCGGUUAGUCCGGAGUACAUCCCCUACAUGCCGUACGACUGUUACGCGUACGUCCCAGAGGAUUUUGAGGGCCCAUACACGCAACAAACGUCCAUGGACUACUACAACGAGAGCCCAGACCGACUUAGCAACUUCUGA